AUGGGAGGGAAAAACAAAAUUGAAAUCUUGUUUCAGCUACAAAGUGCUCUAUCGCGGCGCCGGAUCUCAUCAUUGGUCGAUUUUCGCCGUGUUUUUCCUCCCGAGACACCGAAUCAUAAGAACAAUAUCACUCUCUCCAGGUUCCACUUUCUGGGUACACACUUUCUUCAUUCUCUUGGAGCUCCCGACAAAUUUCCAAAUAGAUUCAACGACGACAAAGACAAGCAAUCUGCUCUUGAUGUUCAUAACAUCAUAAAGCAUCACCGUGGAAGUUCACCUGAAAAGAUUAAGCGGAUUCUCGAUAAGUGCGGGAUAGACUUAACCGAAGAGCUUGUUUUAGAAGUGGUUAAUCGGAAUCGAUCUGAUUGGAAACCAGCUUAUAUACUUUCUCAAUUGGUCGUUAAACAAUCUGUUCAUCUAUCUAGCUCGAUGUUGUAUAACGAGAUUCUCGAUGUUCUUGGGAAAAUGCGGCGAUUUGAAGAGUUUCACCAAGUGUUCGACGAAAUGUCUAAGAGAGAUGGAUUUGUUAACGAGAAGACGUACGAAGUUUUGUUAAACCGUUACGCUGCUGCACAUAAAGUUGAUGAAGCUGUAGGAGUCUUUGAGAGGAGGAAAGAGUUUGGGAUAGAUGAUGAUCUGGUUGCGUUUCAUGGGCUUUUGAUGUGGUUGUGUAGGUAUAAGCAUGUUGAAUUUGCGGAAACUUUGUUUUGCUCUCGUAGAAGAGAGUUUGGUUGCGAUAUAAAAGCGAUGAAUAUGAUUCUCAACGGGUGGUGUGUAUUAGGAAAUGUUCAUGAAGCUAAGAGGUUUUGGAAAGAUAUCAUUGCUUCUAAAUGCAGGCCAGAUGUUGUUAGCUAUGGGACAAUGAUAAAUGCAUUGACGAAGAAGGGGAAAUUGGGAAAGGCUAUGGAAUUAUACAGAGCAAUGUGGGACACCAGAAGAAACCCGGAUGUUAAAAUCUGCAAUAACGUUAUUGAUGCUUUGUGUUUCAAGAAGAGAAUCCCUGAGGCUCUUGAAGUAUUCAGGGAGAUUAGUGAGAAAGGUCCCGACCCGAAUGUUGUGACGUAUAACUCACUUUUGAAGCAUCUCUGCAAGAUAAGGAGAACUGAGAAAGUUUGGGAGCUAGUGGAAGAGAUGGAACUUAAAGGUGGUAGUUGUUCGCCUAACGAUGUGACAUUCAGUUACUUGCUCAAGUAUUCGCAGAGAUCGAAGGAUGUUGACAUAGUUUUGGAAAGGAUGGCAAAGAACAAGUGUGAAAUGACAAGCGAUUUGUACAAUUUGAUGUUUAGGUUAUAUGUGCAAUGGGACAAGGAAGAGAAAGUGAGAGAGAUAUGGAGUGAGAUGGAGAGAAGUGGAUUAGGACCAGAUCAGAGAACAUAUACUAUUAGGAUUCAUGGUCUGCACACAAAGGGGAAAAUUGGAGAAGCAUUGAGUUACUUUCAAGAGAUGAUGUCAAAAGGAAUGGUACCAGAGCCAAGAACUGAGAUGUUACUGAACCAGAACAAGACCAAGCCAAGAGUAGAAGACAAAAUGCUUAGAUCGAACUUAACAAGCGAAGAGUCUGAAAGCGACUAA